AAAUAUUAAAAAAAAGGCCCGCAGCAGCCUUAAAAAAGGAGGAGAAGCCGGGUCGGCGAGAAGGGGAAAGAAGCAAUGUCGGGAGGGAUAGCUCGCGGGCGCCUCGCGGAGGAGCGCAAAGCGUGGCGGAGGAACCAUCCGCACGGUUUUGUGGCGAAGCCUGAGACCUUGCCCGAUGGCUCCGUAAACCUCAUGAUCUGGCACUGCACCAUACCCGGCAAGCAAGGGACUGAUUGGGAGGGUGGUUACUUCCCUCUGACACUCCAUUUCAGUGAAGACUACCCCAGCAAACCUCCCAAGUGCAAGUUCCCGCAAGGUUUCUUCCAUCCAAAUGUCUACCCUUCUGGAACAGUAUGCCUAUCAAUUCUUAAUGAGGACAGUGGUUGGAGACCAGCCAUCACUGUGAAACAAAUUCUUGUGGGAAUACAGGACUUACUUGAUCAGCCAAAUCCUGCUGAUCCUGCCCAGACUGAUGGUUAUCACCUAUUUAUCCAGGAUCCAGCAGAGUAUAAGAGACGGGUUCGACAGCAGGCCAAGCAGUACCCCCCGCUGAUCUAAUAUUGCCCUAAAGUGGGGAGUUGAUGUUGCGCAUCUGUCAAUACUCGUAUACUUUUCUUUUGUUUAUGCCUGUCUGGACUGGACCAUAAAUGUUAAAUUUGGUUGCCAACACCUCUGUUAUAUCAACUUGCUUGUUCGGUUUGGUUCAAACUUUUACUGAUAUCGUUGUUCAUGGUGUUUAUAAAGAGGUUCAUCUGUGAUUCUAAUGUUAUUUUGAUGCA